CUUGCCGUAAAACUUUUGUAGAAACUCUAACUUCCAAGAAGAAACUAGAGAGAGUAUUUUCCUGGGAUCCAUAGCGGGAAAUCAUUUUCUACAAGAAGCGCAAAUAUGAGAUCGAACAUCGUUACUGAGGCAGGUUUGCAAACUAGGGUAAGCCAGUGGUGGGAAGGUAUUCCAUUCCUUACUUCUGUGAUAGUGAUUCUGUGUGGGAUUAUCUAUUUGGGGUGUCUUUUAACUGGGUAUGACUCCUUUGCUGAGAUAUGUUUCUUACCCUCUGCUGUGGUAUCACAUUUUCAAGUUUACAGAAUUUUCACGGCAACUAUUUUUCAUGGUUCUCUACUGCAUGUUCUGUUUAAUAUGCUAACUCUGGUACCUUUGGGUACUGAGCUCGAGAGAAUCAUGGGAUCUGUGCGCUUGUUGUAUGUGAUAAUCUUGUUGGCUACUACAAAUGCUGUUUUUCACCUUUGUAUUGCAUUAGUGGUUCCGCGUAAUCCUUAUGCCGAUCUCAUGAACGAGUGUGCAAUAGGUUUCUCAGGAAUCUUGUUCUCCAUGAUCGUUAUAGAGACAAGUCUCAGUGGAGUCUCAACAAGAAGUGUUUUUGGACUGUUUAACGUACCGGCCAAAUGGUAUCCUUGGCUAUUAUUAGUGGUGUUCCAGCUGCUGAUGACAAAUGUCUCAUUACUUGGACACUUGUGCGGCAUUUUGUCUGGAUCUGCAUAUGCCUAUGGAUUGUUCAACUACUUGCUACCUGGACCAUCAUUGUAUUCUUCCAUUGAGAGCGCCUCAUUUCUGUCUUCAUGUGUGAGGCGCCCUAAAUUCAUAAUGUGUACUGGAGGAAAUCUGUCCGGCUACAUUCCUACACAUACAAGUCCAACCUCCAGUGGUUUGAUACCUGGCAAUUUGUGGAGAAACAUUUCGUCAUGGAUGCCACAAAGAGAAACAGCAUCUUCUCAGAACUUGCAGUCAACACAAGACGGCAGAUUCCCUGGGACAGGAAGGGCCCUAGGAGCUGUCGUAAAUCAAUCCUCUGGUGCUUUAAAUACCGACUCAAGCCUGCAGGCUAGACUCUUAGACAACAGCAGCCCUGACCGUCUUUCAGAAACAACAGCAACUGGAACAGGACAAUUAUCAAACACAAGGCAUUUAGCUUUGGAUAAUGCAACAGCAGUUGGACAACCUCUAAACUCAGGAGCCUUUGAUGAGGAGCUCAAGAAACUAGUUGCGAUGGGUUUUGAGAAGACGCAGGCUGAAGUUGCUCUUACAGCUGCUGAGGGAAACCCAAGUGUUGUGGUGGAAAUUCUUAUGACUCAACAGGGGUGAUUGGGAACAGUGGAUCCUAUGAAGAUGAGCCUCCCCCUGGCUUCUGCGAGCUAUAGUAUGAAGUUAUUCCUUGGCUUUCCGGUUCUCUCCGAUAUUUUGUUGGAUCAUGUUGGCAUUGUACAUUGUUUCACAAUGAGAGCAAAUUAGAGUAGAUUCAGUUACGAACAAGAAAAAAAAAGAGGAAAAACUACACUAACAAAGAUGUAAAACUUGAAUGAGAACAAAGUUGUAACCUUUGAAUUUUAUCUUAACUUGAACAAAGUUGACAUAACCUUUGAAUUUGCUCUUAAUUGAGCCAAGUUGGUUUCUGCUUUAUGUAUACAGGUUCUUAACGCUUGAACUUA